GAUCGACGCGCGGUUAAAAAAAAAAAAAAAAUAAAGCAACGCAGCUGCCCCCUCAACGCCUACGCUUUCGCAUUUCGCACAUGGCUGCUUCCCCGAUGAGCUGGCGAAAAAAGGGACCCAGGGAGUAAUACGAUGAUGGCGGCUUCUUUGAAUUUUUUUUUUUCUUUUUCGCUCUACGGAAAGUAAGGCGCCGCUCCCCCCCUCGUGUGUCAACCUUUUCAACCCGCAGUCCUCGUGCACAUCCCACGAGUAGCUAUAAACGCGUUGGAGGGAACAAACGAAUGUAGCUGGGCUCGGUACGUCAUGAAAGGCGCGUCCGUCGUGUUCCGCUGGUGCAUCCGCAGGCUACUGCUACUGCUACUACUGCUCCUACUGCUGCUGGUGCUGAACCUUUUGCUACCCCCGGUGGGGACCCACGCCAAGAGAAACGCGCUGCCGAGCGAGAGGCACAAAAGUGUGCUAACCAAUGAGUGCUACCUAGUUGGGUAUAGAGACUCGCGCAGGAAGAGCUGGGGGGGCAAGGCGCCCCUCUAUGGCUACCUCUCCAGCAGGGCCAUCUCGAAACUGUGCGGGAAUGGAAGUCCCAGGGCAGAGCGAAAGGAGAAAAAGAAAAUAAACACACUACACGCGGAAAACUACAAAAUAAGCCUAACAGACAAACCUAUCAUCGAGGAGGUGCCCCGAAAUGUGAAGGGCAGAAUCAACGAGUGGAUCAGCGAAUUUGACGAAGAUAACAAGUUAGGGUUUUUCCCAAUUCUACUGGAAGAAAUGUCGAAUGAGCCAUCGCCACUACAAGUAGGGUUCGAAGACUACAUGCAAUUUAAUGGGGAAAAUGUAGAGGACAUAUUUAAGAACAUGACUAGGGAAGUAACCCUAAAUGGAUGUAAAAAGAAAAUCUUCGGCAUGUGUUUCUUCAAUCACAAAACGGGAGUGCUGGCCCCGUUAGCAGUUUAUGCAGAAAUUAAGGACGUUACUAAAGUGGGAAACAACCUAGCUGUUAAGGGGAUAGUGAGGGGAAGAAUUAUUAUUGAUGAAAUCGUCUCCCAGGAGCCGUGCAUUAUAGGGAAGAUCUCCCCCAUCGAGGACAAGAAGGGACUGUCAGAUGCAGAGGAGAGCUUAAAAAUGGUAGAUGAGAUCAUUCGGAUUCAUUCGCAGUGCACUAGUAUGGAGUCCCAACUGAUGGAGCAACUCGACCAGUCAUUUGCAUCUAUGAACAUCAAGUUAAGAAACGACUUAAAAGAAUCCAUAGAUGCAAAACUGGAGAAGUUUCAAGUAGAUCCUUCUGAUCCUGAGGAGAGACAAGCCUUCGUUCAGAUUGCCUCCUUUGCGGCUUUCGAUUUUCACCUUAUGAUUGUCGAUAGGUAUGAUGCCUUGAUGCUGCAGAACUCGGAGGACAGACUCAGAUUCGUUCGAGAUAAAAUUAGGCAGAAGCAGAAGCAGCUAGCCAUUAUUAAGAACACGCCCAAGGAGAAGUUGCAGGAGAUUCUUGAGCAGGUGCAGAGCCUCAAGAACCAGGGCGCGCCAGGCACCAAUUAUCCCUCGCCAGGCACUAAUUAUCCCGCGCCCCCGGGGGAGGCAGCUCGGAGGGGCGGCUUGUGA